AGCGCUGCCUCAUUCCUCCACAGCCUGCCUGCAGUCCGCUCGCUCUAAGCGCCUUUAGCCGCUCUCCAAUUAACAUCUGCAGCCUUUUCAAUCACUUUGGUCUGUUGGAGCCAGACGCGCACAGCUCCACUCCUCGCCAACUUUGCCUGCGCGUCCUAAAAAUCUCUGCGUAAUGUAAUGAAGAAAAAAGGCAACGGUGACAAAUAUUUCCAAGCGAGGAGGGUUUGAAGCCGGUCCUCACAGGUGUGGUAAAACAAGGGGCGCUAAUUGGCCUGCCGGACUGGGAGGAUGGAUGCGCUCGCGGGGAACGGGAGCGCGCGCAAAGUGCUGGGCGGCUGGGGGAAUAUCAGCGGGGAACUUAUGGACGAUAACACGAGCUGCUCCAACAGCUCUGUGGGGAACCGACCGGCCACCAGAGCGCGAGAGAUGGAUUCCUUUCGCAUCCUGCUCUACUCCCUCAUCUUCUUGCUCAGCGUAUUCGGCAACCUGCUGAUCAUCGUGGUCCUGACGCUGAACAAGCGCAUGCGGACCGUCACCAACUCCUUCCUGCUGUCGUUGGCGGUCAGCGACCUGAUGAUGGCCAUCUUCUGCAUGCCCUUCACGCUCAUCCCAAACAUCCUGGAGAACUUCAUAUUCGGGGCAACCAUGUGCAAGAUAGUCACCUACCUAAUGG